AUGACUGUUGGGAGUCAUACUGCGCGCAAUAAUCACACACGUGUUGUUGGUAUUUUGCGUUUACCGUAUUUAUUUCAACAAGACAAUUUUUCAAUUUUUGGCUGGGAAGAUCUAAAGAUGGCGAAACGCAAGGCACAAGAGGUUUUAAUGAGAAACAAGAAAAGAAAAACAAGCAAACCUGAGACAGGCAUAAUCAAAAGAAGGAAAGGUUCGGCCGUAAAUUUACCGACAAAAUGGACAAACAAGCAGAGAGUACUUGUGUUUUCAGCCCGAGGUGUGUCAUACAGAGGUCGCCAUCUCAUGAUAGAUCUCCGCACACUUAUGCCUCAUUCCAGAGAAGAUGUGAAGAUGAACAGUAGAGCUGGAAUGGCACAAAUUAAUGAGAUUUGUGAGAUGAAAAACUGCAAUAAGUGUAUAUUUUUUGAGUCGCGCAAGAAGAGAGAUCUUUUCAUGUGGUUUGCCAAUGUACCUCACGGACCAUCUGCCAAAUUCUUGAUUGAAAACUUGCACACGAUGAGUGAGUUAAAGUUGACCGGUAACUGCCUGCGAGGUUCAAGACCACUUUUAUCCUUCAGCAAAGAGUUUGACGGUGAACCACACUUUGCGCUUCUGAAAGAGUUAUUCAUUCAGAUAUUCAGUACACCCAACCUGCAUCCCAAGAGUCAGCCAUUCCACGAUCAUGUCUACACGUUCUCAAUACUCGACAACAGAAUAUGGUUUCGUAAUUAUCAGAUUUUGGAGGAGGAUGGCUCCCUGGUGGAAAUUGGCCCUCGUUUCGUUCUCAACUUAGUUCGGAUAUUCAAAGGCAGUAUUGGAGGGCAAACUUUGUAUGAAAACUCAAAUUAUGUUUCACCAAACGAGCAAAGAAGAACAUUACGCAAGCAGUUAUCCUUGAAGUAUCAGACGCGUAAGGAGGCGGUGCAGGGUAGGGAGGAACGCCGACCCACCGAGACGUUCAAGAUGGACAAUCUGGACGAGGUGUUCCAUACGAUACGUCCAGAGGAUGCUAAAGGAGCCGAAAAGAUUGCAUUCUUCAGGAAAGAGCCGACAGGACGCGGACGAAAGAAGAAGGCAGCAGGAAAAACAGGAGAUGUUGUUGAAUAGAAACUUGAUAUCAGUAUCAUGUCUUUGUGCGUCAGGAGAUGAGAAAUUUCAGACUUUUUUAUCUGAGCUCAAGAGUUUUUAAAAGGGAAGGUGUACUUUUGGUAUAGAAGCCCAAAUCAGCUUACAAUUGUAUAAAGCAGUUUGAGAAAUAGUUCACUUGGAAGUAAUGUGGUUUUGUAAAAAGAUAUCAGUUUUUAUGCCUCAAGGUUUGAAGCUGUGAAGCAUUAUUGUCAAAACACUUCUCAUGUGUAUUCCAUUUAGGGUUUAUUCUUCCAGCGUGGACAUAUUUGCACCGGAUUGUCAAUGAUAUCUCAAAAACACAACCAUCUUUUGGAAUUUUCACAUGUUAGUUUUAUUGUUUACCUACAUUUAUAUAGAUUGCAACAAACUAACGGUUCCAAAACAAUUAAAUCUAAGAGAAAUCAGCUGUUGUUUUGUACCACAUAUUAUAACUAAAAUAAAUCCUGCUCUUUGGUCUAUUUAUCUAGUGCUUGGAACACUGUUCCUAAAAGCGCAUGGGUUCUCAAAAGGUGGACAUGUCAUUAUUUCAACAUAUCUCCUCAAAUAUGGAUUCUAGGUUCAGACUUUUUUUAAUAGCACUGGACACUAUUGGUAAAUACUCAAAAUAAUUGUUAGCAUAAAAACUUACUUGGUAGCAAGCA